AUGGUACGAUCAACUACGAUAGCCCGGGCGUCGGAUGCGCUCCCCCUAGCUGCGACGGUGGACGAUGAGCAGACAGAACAUACGCUGCAGGAGUAUAAGCAACAGGCUAAACUUAUCUUUCGACGUAUAACGCCCAAUUCCGAACCACAAUGUUCGAUCGAGUCUGGUCCUUAUGCACUGCACUACCUCAUCGCAGACAACGUUAUCUACCUAACGAUCGCUGAGAAGUCCUACCCCCGCAAACUCGCCUUUUCGUACCUCGACGAACUGGCCAAAGAGUUCUCCCACUCCUAUGGUUUGAAAGUGGACGGCGUGCGCAAGCCCUACGCUUUCGUAGGGUUCGACACGUUCAUGCAGAAGACGGCGAGGCUGUACCAGGAUACGCGGAAUGCGGGUGGGGGGAACAAUUUGGAGAGACUGAAUGGGGAACUGCAGGACGUGACGAGGAUCAUGACGAAAAAUAUGGAGGAGCUGCUUUGGAGAGGAGACAGUCUGGACAAGAUGUCCCAUCUCUCCUCGAGCCUCAGAGACGAAUCCCAAAAAUACCGCAAAGCGGCCCGGCAAAUCAACAUCGACGCUAUGAUACGCCAAUGGGCACCCGUGGCGGCCAUAACGGUCAUCGUGAUCAUCUUUAUCUGGUGGCGGUUUUUCUGAGCGUGGCAUACAUGAGCGAUGAGCGAUGUUGGUGGGUGGGCGCGGUGUGGAUGCUGUAGAUACCAGCGAUGGAUGGCAUACGAUGUACCUCAUUUACCAGUUCU